GUCCAGGGCAGCCCCGUCUGCUCUACCCCCCUCUCAUCGCCUCUCUUAUCCCCAUCUUCACUUUGCAGGGUCUCGCCCAGUGGCUGCCGAGGGAGCCUUUUGUCAGAGCUGACGGAGCACAGAAAAUCAUCAGGGCGACCUUGAACCGCAAACCUGCUGUCCACGUGGACCGGGGCUGACAUCUCACGUCCAUCUGCCAAGACCCCUGCAUCCAGACUCAGAGCUAUGGCGACCAGUGGCAGCAAGGUGGCCGAUGGGCAGAUCUCCACUGAGGUCAGCGAGGCCCCUAUGGCCAAUGACAAGCCCAAAACCCUGGUGGUCAAGGUGCAGAAGAAGGCAGCAGACCUUCCAGACCGGGACACGUGGAAGGGCCGCUUCGAUUUCCUCAUGUCCUGUGUGGGCUACGCCAUCGGCCUGGGCAACGUCUGGCGGUUUCCCUAUCUCUGUGGGAAAAAUGGCGGAGGGGCUUUCCUGAUCCCCUAUUUCCUGACACUCAUCUUUGCUGGGGUCCCACUCUUUCUGCUGGAAUGCUCCCUAGGCCAAUACACAUCCAUUGGGGGCCUUGGAGUAUGGAAAUUGGCCCCCAUGUUCAAGGGUGUGGGCCUUGCAGCUGCUGUGCUCUCCUUCUGGCUCAACAUCUAUUAUAUCGUCAUCAUCUCCUGGGCCAUCUACUACCUGUACAACUCCUUCACCAUGGCCCUGCCCUGGAAGCAGUGUAAUAACCCCUGGAACACCGACCGCUGCUUCUCCAACUACAGCAUUGCCAACACCACCAACCUGACCAGCGCCGUGGUGGAGUUCUGGGAGCGCAACAUGCACCAGAUGACGGACGGGCUGGAUAAGCCAGGUCAGAUCCGCUGGCCGCUGGCCAUCACACUGGCCAUCGCCUGGGUCCUCGUGUACUUCUGCAUCUGGAAGGGUGUUGCCUGGACUGGAAAGGUGGUCUACUUCUCUGCCACGUACCCCUACAUCAUGCUGAUCAUCCUGUUCUUCCGGGGGGUGACGCUGCCCGGGGCCACAGAGGGCAUCCUCUUCUACAUCACGCCCAACUUCCAGAAGCUGUCAGACUCUGAGGUGUGGCUGGACGCGGCUACUCAGAUCUUCUUCUCCUACGGCCUGGGCCUGGGAUCCCUGAUCGCUCUUGGGAGCUACAACUCUUUCCACAACAAUGUUUAUAGGGACUCCAUCAUUGUCUGCUGCAUCAACUCCUGCACCAGCAUGUUUGCCGGCUUUGUCAUCUUCUCCAUCGUGGGCUUCAUGGCCCACGUCACCAAGAGGUCCAUUGCUGAUGUGGCAGCCUCAGGCCCCGGCCUGGCGUUCCUGGCCUACCCAGAGGCUGUGACCCAGCUGCCCAUCUCUCCGCUCUGGGCCACCCUCUUCUUCUCCAUGCUGCUGAUGCUGGGCAUUGACAGCCAGUUCUGCACGGUGGAGGGUUUCAUCACGGCCCUGGUGGACGAGUACCCCCGGCUGCUCCGCAACCGCCGGGAGCUCUUCAUCGCCGCUGUCUGCAUCGUCUCCUACCUGAUCGGCCUGUCCAACAUCACCCAGGGAGGCAUUUAUGUCUUCAAACUUUUUGAUUACUACUCGGCCAGUGGCAUGAGCCUGCUGUUCCUCGUGUUCUUUGAAUGUGUCUCCAUUUCCUGGUUUUACGGUGUCAACCGGUUCUACGACAACAUCCAAGAGAUGGUCGGCUCCCGGCCCUGCAUCUGGUGGAAACUCUGCUGGUCUUUCUUCACCCCCAUCAUUGUGGCGGGUGUGUUCAUUUUCAGCGCUGUGCAGAUGACUCCUCUCACCAUGGGCAGCUACGUUUUCCCCAAGUGGGGCCAGGGCGUGGGCUGGCUCAUGGCACUGUCUUCCAUGGUCCUCAUCCCCGGCUACAUGGUCUACAUGUUCCUCACCUUAAAGGGCUCCCUGAAGCAGCGCAUCCAGGUCAUGAUCCAGCCCAGCGAAGACAUCGUGCGCCCGGAGAACGGCCCAGAGCAGCCCCAGGCCAGUGGCUCAGUCGGCAAAGAGGCCUACAUCUAGAGGGGUGGGGCCUGGCGGACCUGACACUCUUACCCACCCAGCCCACCCCCACCCCAUCUGCCUGAGCAGGACCACCACUUGACGUCUGAAGAUACUGUCUGUCUCAACCUACCUCAAGUGGCAAAUCCAGACACCCUCAUCACGCAGAGAGGGGAGGUGGGGGACAGUCAACCCCCGGGGAAGGUCCACAGCGGUGACUUUGGCAGCCUGCUGGCUGAUAGCCUUUUGAAUCCAGGCUCCGGAAGCACCCAGAUGUCUGCGUCUGUAACCGCCACGGUAGGGUCAUCUCCAUUCCACCGGCGAGUGUGGCGGCAGUCACCCUCCCGGUCUCUCACAGUGCUCCUGACUGUUCUCUUACUGCCGAGACCCAUGCCUGCUCUCUCGGACUCUGCGGGGCUGGGGUCCUGGGAACGCUGCUUCGUGCCCACGGAAAGGGCCUUUUUUAUGGUGGGGACUUCCAGGGGGAGCUCGCUCGAAGUGACAGGGAGACAUCGGAGCUCUUACCUUUAUUUGGGGGUUUCUCCUUCCCAUGGCAGCUCAAUCAAACAGCCCCUCCCUGCAGACCUCAGUCCUCCAUCCUAGGUCUGUUCCCGGGCAAUCCCUGCAGCCCCGCUCUGUCCCCUGCCAGCCAGCAGAGCGGCAGGCCAGCCUGGGAGGAAUUCAGUGGAGCCGGACCAAUAGCAAUCAUCCCAAGGGGCCUUGCAUGCACGCACAAUGGAGGUUUCUAUUGCCAAUCCAGGGCCCUGCGGUCCCUCUGAGAGGCGGGCCUCCACUUUAUCCGAAGCUGCCCAGCCUUACAGAGCACAAAACAGCAGUGGGGGAAACCUAGUUGAAGGGCCCCUCCAAAAACCAAGGCAGAGCCAAUGAUUCCUUGGUGUCCUCCCUCUCCCUCACUGCCGCCCCUCCUCAGUGCUGCCUCUGUACCGCCCCAGAAAUUCCUCAGCCCAACUCUCCUCACUGCCACGAAAAGCGACCCACUGGCCCAUGAACUGAGGAGCUCCUGUUAACCCAGAGACCCCCCUCCAAAGGGCUUCCGAGCUGGAAACGGCUUUGCUGGGGAGUGGCAUCUAUCCCUCUCCUGCUCCAGGGGGGCGGGGCGGGGCGGGAAUCAAGGGAAGAAGGUUUCUUGCGAGCUCAGGGGACUCAGGUGUCUCACUUGCCAGGAAGAUGGGUUCCCGUGUAGCCGACCCCAUGUUGUGCCCCGUAGCUGCUUAGCUAGUUCUCUCCCACACUGUGUUUCCUGACUAACCCUGAGUAACUAUGGUAAUGACUGUGACUGUGGGCUUCGUAAUCUCUCUCAUCCUCAUCCAAUGGUGACCAGCAUCCCAGUUCUUGCAAUAAAUAUUACCCUCAGAAUAGUAAGCACAUUAUUUUAGAGAAGAAAAGCAGUACGAGUACACAUAUGUAAAUGCACACACGCACAUUUAUUCUCACACGUGCCACCUAGGGUCCCUUUGAUCGGUGUGGGACCCCUAAACCUUCUCCCAACAUCAUCUGUAAAAUAAUCUCAUUGCUAAGUCCCUCCCCCCACUCCCCAAAUGCCAGCUGCUGGAUCCAUGUACAGAACACAGACGUCUGGUGAAACCCUAGUGUUUUAGAAUAAAGAGAAGGCCGUCACUGUGUCCCAUGGUCCGCCUCCCCCGAACCCUGCACACCCAACCCCGUGUGUGAAAUCCUUUAGGUUAAGGGCAGGAAGACUUUUCACCUUCUCUGUGGUCCUCAGUCUGAAACGGAGGGCACGCUGUUCUAAGACAAGCACAGCGUCCUUCAUGUUCGCAAGCACUUCCGCGUGGGAGGUUUGGUAAGAAAUCCCCUCACUGAUUUCAACCCAAACGUACCUUCUAUAGCACAAUAUUAAGUGUCGUACAGUUCCUGUGACAGCUGUGGGUUUGUGCAACUUUGUUUUCAGUAUUAACCCUGGGGAGGGCGGGAAAGAUAUUGUAUCCUCAUCUAUGCUUUUUUUUUUCUUUUUGCAAUAAGGAUUUAUUCUCAGAACUCCAAGUAAAUUUAUCUCUAUAGAAAAAAUAUAUGUAAUAUAUACAUAUUCAAACUAUAUUCAGAGCCUGUUUAAAAAAAUACAGUAUUAUUUAGUGAAAUUAUCUGUUCUAUGGACCAAAUGUACAAUAUUUAUAAGCGAAGAUGCAUUUUAAAUGUCUAUAAAUGGUGUCAUAACUGGAGCACGGGAGUUAUGUCCGUUUCUAAGAAUUUAGAAGAAAAAUAAUAAAGGUUCUAUGCUAUAUGAUCUAA